ACGACAAGGAAAAAUUCUUUAUAUGCCAUCAUUUAUUUUAAUUCGUGAUCUUAAAGAACAAAUUAUAGCAAGAAUUAAGGAAAAAACUUCAAAUAUAGAAUUAUUUAAUCAGUUAUCAUUUUCUUCAGAAAGGUGGAUUGGAUAUCAGUUUUUUCCAAAAAAUCCUUGGGCACGAGUUAGUACAGAAUAUGUUGUUAAAUAUCAAGAAUAUGUAGCAUUUAUUUUUGCAGAUGAUAAGCAUAAAAUUCCAAUUGGUGAAGGAAGUCCUACCUCUACAGGUGUUUGUAAUCAUGAUCAACAUUAUAAAGAAUUUUUAGAAUUAUAUGGACAAAAAACAACUGAGCAAUUUCGUCCAUCAAAUAGCAAAGUAUUAUUAAAUGAACAAAAUAAUGAUACAAAUACUAGACAUUUUGUUAAUAAUUUAAUUCACAUGUUAGUAGAAUGUGAUUUUUGUGGAAAAUAUCGAUGUAUUUAUUCUCAAACUUUAUUAGAUGAUCAAGAAAUGGAUUUACUUACAACUUACUUAGAAGAUAUUUCAUAUAAAUUAAAAGAUAAUUUCAAAAAUAUUUAUCCGUUAUGUAAUUCUUGUCAGGAAAAUGGUUAUAAAUGGUCAACUCGUGCACCAAAAAUACAUGAUAAAAUUUAUAAAUAA